GAUCCGUCUCAGGAUGCGAGAGGAGAGCGGAGGAGAGGGGCAGAGAGAGGGGAAAGCACCGAUGGGAAAGUGUCCGGGGCUCGGUUAACAAGAAGACAGCAUCCGGUCCUCUUCAGUUCGUCCUGGGACACUUGGAGAUGAGAAAUUCACCGAAAGGGGCACUUUGAGAUAUGAUGAGGUUUACUUCUGGUCGGCAAUAGUACUAUGAUUUGGUAUGUGGCCACUUUGAUAGCAAGUGUAUUCAGCACCCGAGGAACGGCCGCUCAAGGUGCCCAAGGAGUGAGAGAGGAGCCCCAGUUUGUGACGUCACGUGCAGGAGAGAACGUCAUCCUGGGAUGCGACGUGUCCCACCCCCUGAACGGCCAGCCCUACGUGGUGGAAUGGUUCAAGUAUGGAAUGCCCAUCCCCUUCUUCAUCAACUUUCGCUUCUACCCUCCUCAUGUGGACCCGGAAUACGCCGGCCGGGCCAGUCUGCACGACAAGUCCUCCCUGCGGAUAGAGAACGUGCGCUCAGACGACCAGGGCUGGUAUGAGUGUAAGGUGCUGAUGCUGGAGCAGCAGUACGACACCUUCCACAAUGGCAGCUGGGUGCAUCUGACCGUCAACGCCCCCCCCACGUUCACAGAUACACCACCUCAGUAUGUAGAGGCCAAGGAGGGGGGGAGCAUCACUUUGACCUGCACAGCCUUUGGCAACCCCAAACCCUCAGUGGGCUGGCUGCGAGAGGGCAGCCUCGUGGUCAGCAGUGCCAAGUACAAGGUGUCUGAUGGGAGUUUGACAGUGCUAUCCAUCACCCGUGAGGAUCGUGGAGCUUACACAUGUCGAGCCUUCAGCCCCCAGGGAGAAGUCGUUCACACCACAAGGCUGCUAGUACAAGGCCCUCCCUUCAUCGUGUCCCCCCCUGAGAACAUCACAGUGAACAUCUCGCAGGACGCCUUCUUCACCUGCCAGGCGGAGGCCUACCCUCGCAACCUGACCUACACCUGGUUCUGGGAGGAGGACAACGUCUUCUUCAAGAAUGACCUGAAGCGCAGAGUCAGUAUUCUCAUUGACGGUUCCCUCAUCAUUGCCCAAGUCAAACCUGAGGAUUCUGGGAAAUAUACCUGUGCUCCUAGCAACAGCCUGGGCCGACCACCAACUGCCUCUGCCUUCCUAACAGUGCAAUAUCCUGCCCGUGUGGUUAACAUGCCAUCCGUCAUCUACGUGGCCAUUGGUAUGCCUGGCUUCAUCCGCUGUCCUAUAGAUGCCAACCCCCCUGUAACUCUGGUUAAGUGGAAGAAAGAUGGCCUCCCUCUCCGGAUAGACAAGUUCCCCGGUUGGAGCCAAAUGGACGAUGGGAGCAUCCGUGUGGCAGAGGUGACGGAGGACUCUCUCGGCACCUAUACCUGCAUGCCUUACAACGCCCUGGGUUCUUUGGGAUGGUCUUCUCCUGCUCCCCUGGUGCUAAAGGAGCCUCCUAAAUUCUCAGUGGUUCCUGGAGGGGAGUACAGGCAGGAGGCUGGGAGAGAACUGGUCAUCCCCUGUGAGGCGGAGGGAGACCCCUUUCCCAACAUCACAUGGAGAAAGGUAGGCAAGCCCAGUAAAAGCAAGCACAAUGUUCUGCCCCGGGGCAGCUUACAGUUCAAGUCACUCACCAAGGAGGACCAUGGGGAGUGGGAGUGUGUCGCCACCAACGUUGCCACGAGCAUCACUGCCAGCACGCACAUCCAAGUAAUAGGCACAAGCCCCCACGCCCCCACCAGCAUCCACGUGGUGGCGUCCUCUACCUGGGCCAAUGUGUCCUGGGAGGUGGGGUAUGACGGAGGCUUCCAGCAGACAUUCUCAGUCUGGCUGAAGAGGGAGCGUUUAGGUCCACAUGACUGGUUCUCCAUACCCGUGCCUGGAGGCCAGGACUGGUUGGUGGUGCCCGGCUUGGAGCCAGAGACAAUAUACCAGUUCAGCGUUCUGGCCCAAAACAAGCUUGGCACAGGCCCUUUCAGCGAGGUUGUCACUGUGAACACACUAGUAUUUCCUAUAAGUACCCCUGAACCAUUGGUGCUGCUUACCCCACCACGGUGCCUCACAGCCAAUCGCACGCAGCAGGGAGUUCUGCUCAACUGGAUCCUGCCUGCCAAUCAUACAGCACCGAUCCAGCAUUAUGUCAUGGAGUUCCGCCUGGGGGAGCGAUGGGAGGUCUUAGACGACAGCAUUCCUGCUGGGGAGACGGACCUGCUCGCCCGAGACCUCAUCCAGGAGGCCUGGUACGAGUUCCGCGUCAUGGCCGUCAUGGAUGACAUCAUCAGUGAUCCUAGUAACGUAGUAGGUGUGUCCAGCACAGACUUCUUCCCCCCUCCAGAGAUGGUGGAGGAGCGUGGACUGGCGCGGCCUGUGGUGGCUGGCAUUGUGGCAACCAUCUGUUUCCUGGCAGCAGCUGUCCUCUUCAGCACCAUGGCUGCCUGCUUCGUCAACAAGCAGCGCAGGAGGAAGAUGAAGAGGAAAAGAGACCCCCCUCUAUCCAUAACGCACUGCAGAAAAAGCAUGGAAAGUCCGUCAUCUUCAGUAAAGUUGAGCCCGGAGAGCAUUCGUUCAAAGGCAUCUCCGUCAGAAUCAUCUGAAGAUAGUCAUGACCAGCGUUCGGGAAAGAAACCAUCCACAGUUACAGGAAAGAGGGAGGAGUUGUCUUUAUACAAAAAGACCAAAAGAGCAAUAACAAGCAAGAAAUACGGCAUGUCCAAGCAUGAAGCUGAAGAAUCACCCAUUGAACUCAUCAGCCGAGGCCCAGAUGGACGCUUUGUCAUAGAUCCCACUGUUGCAGAAAUGUCUGUAAAACCCCGGCGAAUUGAGGGCUUCCCCUUUGUGGAAGAAUCAGACCACUAUCCUGAAUUCCGGCAGUCAGAAGAGGAAAAUGAUGAUCCCAGGUCUAUGCCCCCAGUUAUGGCCCCUCUACGGCCUCACCAGAUUUCCCCAAUCUCCAGCCAGGAAUCCUACCUGCAACCUCCAGCCUACAGCCCUCGUUUCCAGAGGCCUUUCGAAGGUAUGACCAUCAUGGAGAGCAGCCGGCUCCAGGCCACGGGGCAGAUCCAAGGUUCUCUCCACCACAGGGCUUUCUAUGGCUAUUUAGGCCACCCUGGGGAUCAUGACCCCCCACCUCCUUUUUACAUGACUGAUACUAGCCCACUCAGUUCUGUCAUGUCCUCCCCUCCUUACCUUGCUGAAGGUCCUUUUGGUCACCCCAUGAUUCCUGAAGAAUGCAGGGAGGGUGAUUUUCCUCAAUAUGCUGUCCCUGGUUUCCCACUUCCUCUGACUAUCACCUCUUCCUCUCGUACACCCGAGAUUUGGCAGGGACUGGAUUUCACCUUUGCAAGUCUGGAGGGUCCCCAGUUCAUUUUCCCGCCACACCACCCUUUGCAUCUCCACCACGACUCCCCCUAUCCUCCUCCACCUCAUGUUCUUCCCCUAAGUUCUUUCCAGCCUUCCCUUCCAAUGCCUACCUACCCAGCUGUCCUGCCACUGGAGGCCCCGAAGAGCCGCUCAACUAGGUCUCCCAGCAAGGCCAAGCCUCGUGGCUCCCCAGCCAAGCAUAGAGCUAUGCAAGAGGCACAUUUUGGGCAUCUAAGACACACAAGCCACGGAAUGGGUGUGCCGGUUUUGCCUUACCCCAAUCCAAUGGCCCAUAUUGUACCAAGCGCAUUCAGUGGCCUUGACACGCGAUGGUUUGAAACCACCCCUCGGUUCAGUCCUAGACAGGCUUGUAGGGUGGAUUCUGGAAUGCAUCAGGUGGUCCUCCAGCCCUCCCGACUCUCCCCCCUAACCCAAAGCCCGCUUAGUUCUCACGAAGGCUCCCCAGAGAUUGUAGUACGUCCCAGGCCACGUCCCAACAUUGUCCAACCUCGCAUACCACCAGAGAUGUCUGAGAUUACCCUCCUCCCUCCUUCCACAGCCAGCUUCUCAAGGAGAUCUUCCCCCUCCUCCUCACCUGCCCACCAUGGCCAGGGUAGCAGGAGAGCCAGUCCCAGCUACCGUUCCCACAUAGCCUUUGCCACUUCUGCAAGCAGCUACCCAGCUUCCCAGUCCCCGUCACCCCCCAUGGAAAGCAGCAACAUAUUUGGGCAGAUGCCAUCUCAGAGGAGGACUGAGGAGGGGAUUCUUCCAUCUGAGCCCUCUCCACCCCAGUUGUCAGCUUCAGGAAAAUAUCGAGGUGUGCCGACUCCCCUUUCGGGGUCUGAGAGGAUUGAUGCACUGAGAUACCAACGUAUAAAAAAGGCCAAGAAGAUGAUGAUGAACAACAAUAACUCCAAGUCCAGAAAGAAAGCAGGUGUCUCCACCUCUCAGACCCAGCAGGCCUACACCUCUCAGGUACUCCAGCCCGAAGAAGUUCUCUACCUCCGCAAGAAGAAGAAGCGGCCCAUCCUCCACGACCCGUAUACUCGCUUUUCUGCUCUGCUGUACCGCCGCCCACCGAGGGAGGACCAGAAGGCUAUUUUGGCCAGCAUGGACUACAUAGACCUAGACCAUGCAACCCUCCUCUGAAAGCAAAAAGGACACAGUUACAUCCAUGCAAUAUUCCCUCAUUCCAAAAUCACUACCAGGUGGAAAAAACAAAUAUGUUUGCAAUGUAUUGUUUAUAAAGGGGACUAGCACUACAUUUCAGCAUUCAGAUUUGGUAUAUUGUAUAGCUAUGCCCUUGGUCAAUUCAAUCUGCACUAGUAAGCAUUCUGCUAUUUUAAAUAUAUGAUAACAACAACUGUACCUUGUUACUGUAGAUCAAUAACCUAGAUUGUCUCUGAAAUGCUGUUCCCAAUUUACUGUGAGUGAUAUAGCAGCAUUGGUCAAUUGGAAUGACAUCACAUGCAUCCAAGGAUUAUUUGAACACUACUGAUUGGAUGACAGAAUGCACACGGUUGAUGUGUAUUCUUAAAUCCAGUAGUGUUCCCUUUUAAAAAAUGUGUUUAAACUACAGCGAUUUUCCAAGGUUUUACUCCAGUGCAAAAAGAUUUGUUAAAAAAGAGGCAAGUGCCUAUUGUCCACAUUUCAAAUAAUUAUACAAAAAGUCCAGUUACCCUUUUUGAAUUUGAACACGUUUCAUGCGUUGAUUGCCCCCCAAAAAGCCCUGCCGGUCUCCGUUUACAGCCCCUUCCACCGGAUCCUCUCCGCCAGCAAAGUUUAUCUGCCGAGAAACUCGCCUCACAAAUGUGUUAUCUCACUUCCUACCGAAUAUACCUCAGAGCACAGGACACGACACCCCCAACCACAGAUCAGCCAGCAGAGCAAACUAGCUUUUUUAUAUAUAUCUUUAGUCAUAAUUACCUUUCUUAAAACGACAUGGUACAGUUUUUCUUUCUUAUAUUUACUACUAUUUAGUUUGUAAGAAGUCCAUAUUUGGAUUUAAUUCUCGCAGAAUGAUACAUCUUUCACAUUCUGUUCUACUGUAAAUGAUCAGGACUGACAAACAAACAGAACCCUGGACUACUGUACUACUGAAGGAACUAUCUAUAUAUCUUAAACCUUAUUGAAUAAUGUAAUUCAGCAGUGAAUCACACAGGGGCUUAAUGUACUUUUCCAUUUCAUUUACAUAUACUGUACUUGUAACUAACAGGCCAAAUCAAAAGCGGUAAUUCAACUACUUUCAGUCAUUCUGUAUAAAGCCAUUUAAUUGCUCCAAUUCUUUUAAGCUCCUCAUAUCUCAUCACUGUUUGCACUGGAGCAAAAAUCUUGUCAAUUUCCUCAGAUUUGUGUCGCUUCUUUACACCAGUUUGUGAGCGUUAGGUAGUGUAGAGGGUACCAAAUCCUAUCCAGAAUAGUUAUGCCAAAAAUAGUCAAAUAAAAAAAAUGAACAACAUAUAGUGGAGGAUAAGAUUCUGUGCCAUAGUAUAUUAUAGUAUUUUAUUCAUAUAUAUAUAUUAGAGGGCAUCCAAAAUAAUGGCUUUGGUCGGCCUUAAUGGUUCUUCUGGUUACCUGCUUCACUUGUGUCCAUUUUUAUAAUUGUUUUAUUUGUGCAUUAGUGCAUGCAUGUGUGAGUACCAGAAUCUUUGUAUUGACUCUUUAUGUGCUUGUCAUUUGAUAUGGAGAUGCUGAGAGGGGUGUCAUCCCUUAAGAAAAAAUAAUGUGGCAUUAAGGGAAAACAAAGUGAGAGAAACAUUUUGUUGUUCACCGGUAAAGGCAGUUUUGUUUACAUGUGAUGGAAAUAUGGACACUAAGGGGCUAAAAUGUGUUUUGUUGAAUAAGUUAACAUCGUGCCAUAACAUUAGGAACUAAACUAUAUCACACAUACAGCAGCUCCUGUUAGAUUCACAAACAAUGGCUGUAUAUUGGGCCCACUAUUUUGGCUCAAAAGGUGCUCCAUUUCUUCCAAAGUUGUUUUCAUGUGUAGAGGGUAUGGACUCAUAUAUUAGGCUCCUUAUUCUAAAUGAAAGCAGUGUCCAUGUUCUGCUGUUAUUGAUGUGUUUUUUAUACAUGUAUUUAUUUGUUUGAUUUCUUUAUUGUGAUGUAGAGCAGACUCUGACCACUCCUACUCCAAAAUUGUCUUCUAAUAUGAACCACAUGUUAAGUGACUAAAUGUAGUUGCUUUAUUAAGAUAUGUCCACAAUGAUUGCUUGCAAAAGGAGGUGUCAAGGUUUUUCAAAAAACUGACCUCAUGUUUUAUUCGGUAUUCAGUGUUCAGGAAAAUGAAAGAAGAGAUGUAAUGUUAUUUAUUUAACCAAACAGGAAAUACUAA